AACCGGACCUUCCUGUACUCAACAUGCACAAAAUGGUGAUCGCUGUUUUGUCCGUUUUACUGUUUGUGUCGGCUGUUAUGGCUGACUUUAGUUAUGGUGGCCGUGGGCAUGGUGGUUAUGGUGGGCACGAUGAUGUCUAUGGUGGAUACCGUGAUUAUGGCCGUGGAGGAUAUGACGAUUAUGGCCGUGGAGGAUAUGACGAUUAUGGUCGUGGAGGUCAAAGUUAUUACGGCCAUGGGGGUGACGGCCACAGAGGAUACGGUCGAUAUUGAUAUGGUGGUUAAAGAACGUGGAAUAAUUUACAAACCUUCAAUAAUGUAAUAUCUUGUCUAUAUUGUAUUCAAUAAAA